AUGCCGCCGAAAACAAGUGGGAAGGCAGCCAAAAAGGCUGGUAAGGCUCAGAAAAACAUUACCAAGAAUGACAAGAAGAAGAAGCGCAAGAGGAAGGAAAGCUACGCUAUCUACAUUUACAAAGUGCUCAAGCAGGUCCACCCUGACACCGGCAUUUCGUCAAAGGCGAUGAGCAUAAUGAACAGCUUUGUUAACGACAUUUUCGAGCGUAUUGCUGCCGAGGCCUCCCGUUUGGCUCACUACAACAAACGCUCGACUAUUACCAGUCGGGAAAUCCAAACCGCAGUACGUCUUUUGCUGCCCGGUGAAUUGGCCAAGCACGCUGUCAGUGAGGGAACAAAAGCAGUUACAAAGUACACCAGCUCCAAGUAA